AGUGAGAAAGAGGAAAGAGAAAAAGUGAAACGAAACAGAGAGAGAGGAGAGGAGUGAAGGGUUUUGGCCUUUUGGGGAGGUGGGAGAGAGGAAAUCAGGGUUCUUGAGGGUUAUUGAUUCUGGGUGCAAUUGGUUUUUGAAAUUAUUUUUUUUUGGGGUUCUGGGGUUUGUUUUUGGAGAUGUACAUAGCUUCAAUGCGAAAGUCGUUCAAGGACUCUCUCAAAGUGCUUGAAGCUGAUAUUCAGCAUGCAAAUACUCUGGCUUCGGAUUAUCCGAGAGAGUAUGAUGGUGCUUGUCUUCAGAUGAGAAUGUCAUACAGUCCAGCUGCUCAUCUCUUCCUUUUUCUGGUGCAAUGGACUGACUGUAACCUCGCUGGAGCCCUUGGUCUGCUCAGAAUUCUAAUUUACAAGGUUUAUGUGGAUGGCACAACCACCAUGUCUACACAUGAGAGGAAAGCAAGCAUUCGAGAUUUCUAUGCUGUUAUUUAUCCCUCUUUAUUGCAACUUGAAAGAGGUGUCACCGAUAGUGAAGAUAAAAGGCAGAAGGCAAUAUGCGUGGACAGGUAUCGAAGAAGAGAUGAUGAGGAGAAUCGACAGUGUUCAGAUAUAGAUGUUGAGAGAGAAGAGGAAUGCGGUAUAUGCAUGGAGACAAAUAGUAAAAUUGUAUUGCCCAACUGCAACCAUGCUAUGUGCCUAAAAUGUUACCGUGAUUGGCGAACAAGAUCUCAGUCGUGCCCUUUCUGUCGUGACAGUCUUAAGAGAGUGAACUCAGGUGAUCUCUGGGUGUACACUGACAGCCGGGACAUAGUUGACAUGGCAACAGUAAUGAGGGAGAAUCUCAGGCGGCUCUUCAUCUAUGUAGAUAAGUUGCCAGUAAUUAUACCAGAUAACCUUUUUGACCCUUAUGAUUCCCACCUAAGGUAGCUGAUUAAUGAAGUUCAAAGCUACAGUUCUCCUGUGGCAAUUCAUUGAUUUAGCUUAUUGUCUCUUGAUUCCAUAAGGACCCGAAUUCAUUCGGCAAGUUUAAAUCAGUAUCUUCCCACUUCUGUUCAGAAGCGAACCCAGCCCGAGUUAUUGUAGGCUGGUGAGUGAAGUUGAGGAGUUAUCUAAAUUGUAUGUAAUACAUUUGUACAUGCUUGUACAGCUUGGAAGUUCCACGUAUAGAAAGGCUUAGCAAAUUCUCUUUCC